AUGCCUAUUUUGAACCAUUUAGCCAACAAGGUCAAGCACAAAUUGCGCCAUGGAGUCAACAAUGUCAUUAGACCCAACACCUGCGAGGGAGGAGAAGACGAUCGUGAAGAGGAGUACUUGAUGGAGAAACACCGCUAUGAUUCAUUCGCUCCCAUCCGACAGGAAGCCAUGGUAAAGUACUUUAUCGAUGGCCAUGAUUACUGCUGGGCUGUUGCAGAGGCAAUUGAAAGUGCUCAAGAGGUGAUUUUUAUCGAGGAUUGGUGGUUGUCGCCUGAAUUGUACCUUCGAAGACCUCCAGCCAAGUUUCCAGAAUAUCGUAUUGACGCAUUGUUGAAAAGAAAGGCCGAAGAGGGCGUCAUGAUUUACAUUGUUGUGUACAAGGAAGUGGAAAUGGCGCUUACCUUGGACAGUGCUCAUACCAAGAAGGCGUUGCAAAAUUUGCACGAGAACAUUGUUGUGCAAAGACAUCCUGACCAUGCAGUGGGAGGCACUUUCUUUUGGUCGCAUCAUGAGAAGUUUGUUGUCGUGGAUAAUCGCAUUGCAUUCUUGGGUGGCAUUGAUCUGUGCUAUGGUCGAUGGGAUACACAUGCCCACCGAUUAGCCGAUUUUAAUUACGCUGACCCUCACUUGGAAAUCUAUCCAGGUCAGGAUUACAGUGAUGCCAGAUUGCGGGAUUUCGAGAAAGUCAAGCAUUGGGACAUGAGACUGAUUGACAAGACUGUUAUCCCACGUAUGCCAUGGCAUGAUAUUUCCCUGUGCAUGCUCGGUGAACCCGUAUUGGAUGUCGCACGUCAUUUCUGCGAUAGAUGGAACUUUAUCAAGCAAUCCAAGUCCUUGGAUAAGCAGCAGGCUCCCUUCUUAAAGCCCCCACUUGGCGGCUACAGCAAUUACCAAAGCUUCAAGAUCCCUCUUGAAAGCAAGAUGCUCCGUUCCUACCACUUUGGACACAAUACCUCGGGUAUUCAUGGUACAUGCAAAGUACAGGUGCUUCGUAGUAGUGCAGAAUGGAGCAGUGGUAUUAACUUAGAGCAUUCUAUCCAAAAUGCCUACAUUGAUGUCAUCAACAAUGCACAACAUUACAUCUAUAUUGAGAAUCAGUUCUUUAUUACCACCACCGAAGACGACAGCAACUAUAUCUUGAAGAAUCAAAUUGGCGCUGCCAUUGUGAAUCGUAUCAAGAGAGCAUUUGAUGAGCAAGAAAAGUUCAAGGUCUUUGUCUUGAUCCCCUUAAUGCCUGCAUUCCCUGCCGAGUUGAGCUCAAAGGAUGCUGCUACUGCCAGGCUUGUCAUGUAUUACCAAUACGUCUCCAUUUGCAGUGGUCAAAAGAGUAUUCUGGAGAAGCUCAAGGCACACAACAUUAAUCCUGACGACUACAUUCGAUUCUACAGUUUGAGAAGCUACGAUCGCAUUAAUCGUCCCAUGGUGGAGGAAAUGCUGGCCCGUGAUGCUGGUUACACGCCUCACAAGAAUGGCGUCCCUUUGAAGGAACAUGACGUUGAAGCAACUCAAGUGGGCCAAAACACUCCUACCCCUCCUGCUGGAUUUGUCUCGCCUGAAGAAUUGGAGCGUCACAGACAGCAAUACCAGAGUCAGGAGCACCAUAGCCACUAUAUUGCCUCUGACUCUAUUGCACCUGACGCCAUGAACAACCACCGUAACUCUGUUCGUGACGAACCCUGGGUCAGUGACACUGCUGACAGUGCUCCCCGCGAUGAGAUCUCUGAAAGGGAAGAAGUGCGUGAUUAUGUUACUGAGGAACUGUAUAUCCAUGCUAAAUUGCUCAUUGCGGAUGAUCGUGUUGUCAUUAUGGGUUCUGCUAAUCUGAAUGAUCGAUCGCAAUGUGGUGAUCGUGAUUCUGAAAUUGCUUUAAUUACCGAAGACAAGGACAUGAUUCCUUCUCGCAUGAAUGGCCAGCCUUACCAAGCCAGUCGUUUUGCUGCCACGUUACGUCGUCAACUGUGGAAGGAGCAUUUGGGUUUGAUUGACGAGGAGCCCAUUGAUCAGGUCAACGAUGCCAUGCUGCCUUUGCCCGUGUUACAAAUUGAUAACACGCAAACCAAGGAGGAUCACUGGGUGAUGGAUCCUUUGGAUGACGAGACCUUGGGCCGUUGGAACCAUACUGCUCAUACUAACACAGUUUCCUUCCGCGAGGUGUUCCACUGUGUCCCUGACGACACGAUUCUGACCUGGGAUGAAUACCACAAGUUUUACCCUCAUCCUGAAAAAAUUGAAUUGGGCCAUGUCCAUGAUCCCAACAUGUCUGUAGAUCAAGUGCGUCAGCACUUGAACAAUAUUCGUGGCCAUCUGGUUGAAUUUCCCACCAAGUUUCUGUCUUUUGAAGACCUUCAAGGUCAAUCUAUCCCUCUUGUCAGUGCUGCUACUCAACAUUUGUACACUUAA